AUGGGAUCAAAUUUAAGUUCAAAUGAGACUUUUACGGGCACCUCAGCACCAGCGUUGAGAACGGCACCUGUAUCUCCUUUCAACUUGCUCACUGUAAAAAUACUAAGAGUGAGGAAUGUCCGGAAGGCAGACUUGUUCACCCUUUCAGACUGUUACGUGACACUGUGGCUGCCUACUGCCUCAGCUGAGAAGGUUCGGACCAGAACCAUCAGGAACAGCAAAAACCCUGUUUGGAAUGAAGCUUUCUGCUAUAAGGUCGACCGCCGUGUCAAGAAUGUGCUGGAGCUAAAGGUCUGUGAUGAAGACACAGUCACCAGGGACGAUGAACUCUGCACGGUUCUCUUUGACAUAGAUAAACUCACUGUUGGACGUACUGUUCGAGUGAAGUUUCAGCUGAAUCCACAGGCACGUGAGGAGCUGGAAGUGGAGUUCACAUUGCAGAACACUCUGGACUAUCCUGAUGGCAUUAUUACUAAUGGAGUACUAGUGGCACGUGAGGUUUCCUGUUUGGAGGUUAGAGUGGAUAUGGGGAAGCUGAAGCAGCAAUCCACAAACCAGGAGCUUACAUUUACAGUGAAAGGAUCACAUGAAGGAAGCCAGAAAAUUUUGCUGGACUCUUGUCCCAGCCUUCAUAUCAUCAUGUUUCACUGCAUCAUAAAUGACCAGACAAGACUGGAUAUUAUAUUGCCAGAAGAGCUGGCUGAUGGAAAUGAAACAGAGAAGCCUGGGGUCCUUUCUUUCCCUUUGAAUUCUCUCCCUUUGCAGAAGGAAAUAGUACUAGAAGAGGAUAAUUCAUUUUGCUUGUGCUUGACGACAAGAAAAUGCUCAGGAGAUCUGGAUGUGCGCUUGGGUUUUAGCCUGUGCAAGGAAGAGCAGGAUUUCCUGCGGAAAAGGAAGAAAUAUGUUGCUGCUGCCCUGAAAAAGAUUCUUAAUUUGGAGGAGGAUCUGAAAGAGCAUGAGGUGCCGGUGGUGGCCAUUACAACCACAGGGGGAGGCACGAGAUCACUCACUGCCAUGUAUGGCAGCCUACUGGGUCUGCAGAAGCUCAACCUGUUAGACUGCAUUUCCUACAUUGGUGGUUUAUCGGGUACCACAUGGACCAUGGCAAACUUAUAUGAGGAUGCUAAUUGGUCACAAAAGUAUCUGGAGGAUGCAAUCAAGGAAGCUCGCAAGCAAGUAACCAAAUCCAAGACCUGUUGUUUUUCUUUGGACUGUCUGAAGUACUAUUAUAAUGACCUGAUGGAGAGAUCUAAAGAAGGACAUAACACCUCUUUCAUAGACCUUUGGGGGCUUGUAAUUGAAUCCAUGCUACAUGAUAAGAAAGAUGAGCACAGACUUUCGGACCAACGGCAGGCAGUGGAUAAUGGUCAAAACCCAUUGCCCAUCUAUGUGGCCAUCAACCUCAAGUCCAACUAUAGUGCCCAGGCAUUCAGAGAGUGGCUGGAGUUCACUCCCUAUGAAGUUGGUUUCCUGAAAUAUGGAGCAUCUAUUCAAGCAGAACAUUUUGGAAGUGAAUUCUUUAUGGGAAGGAUGGUGAAGAAGCUCUCAGAGACUCGAAUCUGCUAUAUGCAAGGCAUGUGGAGUAGUAUAUUUUCCAUAGAUGUGAUGUAUGUCUGGAAUUUGGCUGCUGAUUCAGAGGACUUCUGGUGCAGAUGGACCAGAGACAGAGUAAAAGACAUUGCAGAAGAACCCUUUCUGUCCAUGAAUCCCUAUGAAGUGGACACGUGUCUAUUCACUCCCUCAAGCGUCCUCUCCUCUGCUCUGCGAGAUGUCUUAACAGGACGCCCAACCAUUGCACAGUACCCCAAUUUUAUCAGAGGCUUCCAGCUGCAUAACAAGUACCUGGAGAGUGAAGGAUUUUCUACCUGGAAAGACACAGUGAUAGACUCCUUACCAAAUAAAUUGAUGGAAACAGCAGACAAUGAACUCUCCCUGGUUGAUACUGGCUUUUUCAUUAAUACCAGCUACCCACCACUUUUGAGAUCAAAGAGGGAGGUGGACGUCAUCCUACAUUUGAAUUACAGUGGAGGGUCCCAGACACUGCCUCUGGAUCAGAUUGCGAAGUACUUUUUGGGGCAAGGAAUUCCAUUUCCCAAAAUUGAGAUAAGUGAGGAAGACAGGGAAAACUUGAAGGAGUGCUAUGUGUUUGAAGAUGCUGACAGUCCACAAGCUCCAACAGUGCUUUUUUUCCCUCUAGUAAAUGACACCUUCAAGAAAUAUAAAGCUCCUGGUGUGGAACGGAGUCCUGAAGAGAAGGCUGAAGGCAAAGUUGAUGUCUCCAGCAUCCUCUCACCAUUUACAACAAGGGAGGUGUGUUUCAGUGAAGAAAAUUUUGACAAACUGGUGAAACUGACUGAUUACAAUGUCUUGAAUAACGAGAAGUUGAUUAUUCAGGCCUUGCGCUUGGCAGUGGCACGGAGGAAGCAGCGGAAUUAUUAG